UACAACAAAAAUUAUGGUCAGGGGCAGCUGUUUAAGCAAAAUUUUACUAUAAUAACUCAUUGAGAGUCAGCUGCCCCAUUGAGAUUCAGCUUUGGUGAUGCAAUUUGUGUAAGUUGUGAACAGGUGUAGGCUGAACUAGCCUAGUGUACAAAAACAACCAUUACUACCUGAUCGAAAGUGGACGUCAACAUCCUUUUUACAAUAUGUCGGUAGUUGGUCAACACAAUUUGGACAACAUCUUUGAUACACUGUUAGCAAAUAUACAGCUAAUAAUUGACGAACUGCAUGGAGGCGAGACAAAUAGACAACCAGAUGAACACUUCAAACUGGAUGAUUUCUGGAUUAAAAUGGGUCAGGUAUUCAGGUCAGUCUCUAAAGAAGCAACCAAGCUGUCUUUACUUUUUUCCAAGCCACCAAUUCCAAGUGUUGAAGAAACUCAGUCAAUGCUCAGCUCACUAGAAAUGAAUGCUGUGGCACUGUUAUCAGUUUUCUAUAGUCUACCAAAGCAUAGAGGAAUUGUUCUAAGGAAUUCUACAAAACAUGCUGUUGGUAACAUUGUCGAAACUGUGAAGGUGUUAGUCACUAAAAUUAAAAAUAGCAAAUAUGAAUUUUCUGAGAGUGAGCUUCAGUCAACUGGUAGUGUCUGGGAAGUGUGUGAUUUAUUUGAUGAUCUUCCUAUGAAUAACAAAGCUGCAGUCAUUAUCAAGAUGAAUGAAGUGAAAGAUUUAGUAAAAGAUGCAAUGACAGAAUUAGAGGAGGCAGAGACUGCUGAUAGCCAUGGAGAUGAUUGGCAGGGGUUUGAAGAUCUUGUUGGCCCUGACAGCAGCAAUGAGGACACUUGGUCUGAGAAGGAUAAGGAUGUGUUGUUGGCAUGUAUUGGCUUGUUAAAGGUCACAAGGUCAUGCCUUAAAAAAGUCACAGCAACACUAAAGAAGAAUGGGCAGUGGGAGGAGGAUCAACAUGUGGCACAGCUGGAUGAUAUUGCAGAUAUUUGUGAGAAGAUUAGUCCUUGUGUUGAUGAACUAGCAGAAGCCCUCUAUCCACCAUUAACACAUGAAAAUGUCACGAAGAAGAUUGAGCAGUUGACAAGUGUCCUAAGGAAUUUGCUUGAGAGAACAAAAUCAAGUCAUAUAUGUAGUGAAGAGGAUCGGACAUGGAUUGAUUUCUUGUUUAAUGCAAUUGAUCAUAAUCUUGAUAAAAUCAAUGGUGCCAUAAAAUGAGGAAAAUACAGUCUGUUGACACUCAGUUGACUAUUGAUACUUAGAUGGUCUAUAUGCUCAAUUAACCAUGAGACAAUCAGGAGGACUAUAGAGAGUCAUCUGAUUAAUAAUCUUAUCAACAUAUAGCCUCUAUGACAUACAUUCUAUCACCUAUAUAUACAAUAUAUAAUAAGAACCGAUUUAAUGGUGGCAGAAAAUUUAGUUGGUCGCCUCGCUGAACUUUGAAAAAUGUUGCAGAGGUUG